UGUAUGGAAAAUUUCUGGGAUCUUUUAUUUCAGCUCAUGAAACAUGGGACCAACACUUUAUGUUAGGUUUAUAUUUUUGUUUAGUAUAUUUAGUUGCAUUUAGGCUAGUUGCAUAAAACUUUCAACUCUCUCUCAACACUGAUGUGUUUUCAAAUUUAGACUGGGCUUCUUAUUCACUUUCCGAGGUCAGUGUUGAGUUGUAUCGUUAUAUCAUUGCUACGAGAAAAGGCAGACUUUAGGACGGCGAAAAGAAAUGGCUUUGCUGGUGCCCUAGCCUUCACCUAUUCCCGAUCCUAUCCCUCGAGCGACGUGGCCAAUCAGUGUGUGUGUCAGCGACACAUGAAUGGUGAUAUCAAAGGAAUGGCUCGCGAAACAAAGAAGCCGCCGGUCUCGAAUUCCCGUCGAUAGAGAAAAUUCGCGAAUGAAACAGCACAGAAGAUUUGUUUUUAAGGCUUGAGUGAAACCAAAUGAAUAUCUUCGACGCAAAGUCCAACAGUUUUGGUUUUGUUUUGCUCAAGGAGGGACCUUGGCCUCGUGAGAGCUUUGUCGAGCGCCAGGCGAGGCUGUUGGCUACAUUGGAACGAGCGAAGUUCACUGUCAGAGGAACCGAGUGUCUCUGUGAGAGCGGCUCUCAGCCAGGGACGACUGCCCUUCUGGCCACAGCGCCCAUGAGGUAACGGUGUGAAGUCCCAUACCACCCUCGCUCCGCCCUCCACCCCAUCUCCCUCUAUCCCUCCAUCCCUCUCCAGCGAUGGGUCAGAAGAUCUCGGGCAGCAUCAAGUCGGUUGACGCACGGGGCGAGCCCUCAUAUCGGCCUGUCCGCCGUGAGCUGCGGGGUCCAGACUUCUGCCGGCCUCCUCGUCUUGACCUACUUUUGGACAUGCCCCCUGCGACCUCUGACCUGCAGCUCCACCAUGCCUGGAACCCAGAGGACCGCUCGCUCAACGUCUUUGUCAAGGAGGACGACAAGCUGACCUUCCACCGCCACCCGGUGGCCCAGAGCACUGACUGCAUCCGCGGCCAGGUGGGCUACACACGGGGGCUCCAUGUCUGGCGGAUCCACUGGCCGGCGAGACAACGAGGAACACACGCUGUCGUAGGGGUGGGCACGGCUGACUCUCUUCUACACUCUGUGGGUUACACAGCCCUGGUGGGUUCGGACUGUGAGUCGUGGGGCUGGGACUUGGGCCGGAACAGACUCUACCACGACAGUAAGAACCGGCCGGCCUCCACCUCGGCACCAACAUACCCGUGUUUCCUGGAGGCAGACGAGUCGUUUGUUCUGCCGGAUGCCCUGCUGGUGGUGCUGGACAUGGAUGAGGGCUCGCUCAGCUUCAUGGUGGACGGCCAGUACCUGGGCGUGGCCUUCAGAGGGUUAAAGGGCAGGAGGCUGUACCCUAUCGUCAGUGCCGUGUGGGGACACUGUGAGGUCUCCAUCCACUACGUCAAUGGACUGGAUCCGGAGCCCCUCCCCCUGAUGGACCUGUGCAGGCGAGUGGCCAGGCUGGCUCUGGGGCGGGACCGAGUCAACCAGAUAGACACCCUCCCUCUGCCAGAGACCAUCAAGAACUACCUCCAGUACCAGUGAACCUACACUCACCAGGACAACGAACUGCUUGACGACAGCUACAUUUCACUACGGUCAACCACAAACAAUUGAACCCUGAACCACUGGACAUCUACUGAGGAUGAUGAUGGUCGGGAGGAAGCCUAUAAUGGAGUUGCGAGUUUCCUUUUAGGAUUUGUGUCCAUUUUGAACUCCAUUGUUUCAAUUUGCUCACUGCUGUCCCCCAGAUGGACAGAUGAGCGAUUGAUGGACAGAGGUGGAUGGGCUUGAGACUGGACUCUAGCAGAAGUGUUGGGCUAUGAUGCUGUCUUCUCAUUGGGUCUAUAGCGUGGAAGCUUCUAGAAUAUAUUCCUGGAGGAACAGGGCAUUUUGGGGAUGAUGCACAGUUACUGUACAUCUAUAGACUCUCUGGAAGCCUCUCUGCACAUGUAGAUAUUUAGACUCUAGCAGGCUCUACUGAGGCUCACCAGCCCCUAGCCACAGGGACGCGAACAUCGUUCAAAGCAUGCAUAUGCAAACACUAGCUCAUGCUCCGAGGGGCUGUUUUCAGUGUGUGAGGUUUUAUGCAUGUGUGGGUUGGUGCGUGUCGGCCUUGCUCUACAACAGGCACCCCAAGACAUCAGUCUGACAACACUGCAGCCCUGAUAUCUCUAGUCCCCUGCUGCACUGCACCUCCCUCUCAACUGGCAGUCUCCCUUUAUUUAUCAGUGGGUUUCAUUGGAUCCAUGACUCUGUCUGGGUGAGUGACUGGGUGUGCGUCCACAGUGGCACCCUAUUUCCUACAUAGUGCACUGCGUUUGAUCAGCUUGAUCAAAUGGUGUGCACUAUGUAGGGAAUAGGGUGCCGUUGUGGACAUACAUGGCAUGUUGUCAGUCAGUGUGAUGUGUUUAAAGCUGAGGUUGGUCUGAGGGCCAAUCUGCUGUUACUGUUCAUGUGCCUGCUCAGCGAAAGCACAUCUCACAGGAGACCAAAAAAAAAGACCUGCUGCUUUUUUCCCUCUUUCCGUUCUUAUCCUGAUGGUGACUAUUCCUUUAAGUAUAUUGUUCUGUUUUUAUGACUGGGGGUUUACUUUGUUUCUGAUUUUUGUUUUCUAUGGUUUUGAGCUCUAUUUGCCGGACAGGAAGUGACCCGGGUGAGACAGGAAGUCUCGCUGAGAGAGACUGAUCGAGGAAUGUGCUGCCAUGAUAAUCUUUUAAAUGUGAAUAAAACACAAAGAAACUGAACCAAA